UGUCCCGUUUCCGGACCCGUCUCUAUGGUGUGGGAGAAACCCGGCCCCCAGGAGAUUGUGGGUGUAGUGGCCACAGCCUUACAGGCAGGCAGGGGUGGUUGGUGUCAACAGGGGGGCCAACAGGGUACCAGAGCCAAGACCCUCGGCCUCCUCCCCCGCCGCCCUCCUGCAGAUCUGCUUGGCUUUGAGGAAGAGUGGCAGUACUGCCUCACUGCAUAAGGGAUGGGAUCAGAGAACAGUGCUUUAAAGAGCUAUACACUGAAAGAACCACCAUUUACCUUACCCUCUGGACUUGCUGUUUAUCCUGCUGUACUGCAAGAUGGCAAAUUUGCUUCAGUUUUUGUGUAUAAGAGAGAAAAUGAAGACAAGGUUAAUAAAGCUGCCAAGCAUUUGAAGACACUUCGUCACCCUUGUUUGCUAAGAUUUUUAUCUUGUACUGUGGAAGCGGAUGGCAUUCAUCUUGUCACUGAGCGAGUACAGCCCCUGGAAGUGGCUUUGGAAACAUUGUCUUCUGCAGAGGUCUGUGCUGGGAUCUAUGACAUAUUGCUGGCUCUUAUCUUCCUUCAUGACAGAGGACACCUAACACACAAUAAUGUCUGUUUAUCAUCUGUGUUUGUGAGUGAAGAUGGGCACUGGAAGCUAGGAGGAAUGGAAACUGUUUGUAAAGUUUCUCAGGCCACACCAGAGUUUCUGAGGAGUAUUCAGUCAAUAAGAGACCCAGCAUCUAUCCCUCCUGAAGAGAUGUCUCCAGAAUUCACAACUCUCCCAGAGUGUCAUGGACAUGCCCGGGAUGCCUUUUCAUUUGGAACAUUGGUGGAAAGUUUGCUCACAAUCUUAAAUGAACAGGUUUCAGCGGAUGUUCUCUCCAGCUUUCAACAGACCUUGCACUCAGCUUUGCUGAAUCCAAUUCCAAAAUGUCGGCCAGCGCUCUGCACCUUACUAUCUCAUGACUUCUUCAGAAAUGAUUUUCUGGAAGUUGUGAAUUUCUUGAAAAGUUUAACAUUGAAGAGUGAAGAGGAAAAAACGGAAUUCUUUAAAUUUCUGCUGGACAGAGUCAGCUGCUUGUCAGAGGAAUUGAUAGCUUCAAGGUUGGUGCCUCUUCUGCUUAAUCAGUUGGUGUUUGCAGAGCCAGUGGCUGUUAAGAGUUUUCUUCCUCAUCUGCUUGGCCCCAAAAAAGAUCACGCACAGGGAGAAACUCCUUGCUUGCUCUCACCAGCCCUGUUCCAGUCACGGGUGAUCCCCGUGCUUCUCCAGUUGUUUGAAGUUCAUGAAGAGCAUGUGCGGAUGGUGCUGCUGUCUCACAUUGAGGCCUACGUGGAGCACUUCACUCAGGAGCAGCUGAAGAAAGUCAUCUUGCCACAGGUUUUGCUGGGCCUGCGUGAUACUAGCGAUUCCAUUGUGGCAAUUACUCUGCAUAGUCUAGCAGUGCUGGUCUCUCUACUUGGACCAGAGGUGGUUGUGGGAGGAGAACGAACCAAGAUCUUCAAACGCACUGCCCCAAGUUUUACUAAAAAUAUUGACCUUUCUCUAGAAGGUGAUCCAUUUUCUCAGCCUAUUAAAUUUCCCAUAAAUGGACUCUCAGAUGUAAAAAAUACUUUGGAGGACAGUGAAAACUUCCCAUCAAGUUCUAAAAAGUCUGAGGAGUGGCCUGACUGGAGUGAACCUGAGGAGCCUGAAAAUCAAACUGUCAACAUACAGAUUUGGCCUAGAGAACCUUGUGAUGCUGUCAAGUCCCAGUGCAAUACCUUGGAUGUGGAGGAGUCAUCUUGGGAUGACUGCGAGCCCAGCAGCUUAGAUACUAAAGUAAACCCAGGAGGUGGAAUCACUGCUACAAAACCUGUUACCUCAGGGGAGCAGAAGCCUAUUCCUGCUUUGCUUCCACUCACUGAAGAGUCUAUGCCUUGGAAAUCAAGCCUACCCCAAAAGACUAGUUUUGUACAACGGGGGAAUGACGCAGACCAAAUCAAGCCACCAAAAGUGUCAUCACAAGAAAGGCCCCUUAAGGUUCCAUCAGAACUUGGUUUAGGAGAGGAAUUCACCAUUCAAGUGAAAAAGAAGCCAGUAAAAGAUCCUGAGAUGGACUGGUUUGCUGAUAUGAUCCCAGAAAUUAAGCCUUCUGCUGCUUUUCUUAUAUUACCUGAACUGAGGACAGAAAUGGUCCCUAAAAAGGAUGAUGUCUCCCCAGUGAUGCAGUUUUCCUCAAAAUUUGCUGCAGCAGAAAUUACUGAGGGAGAGGCUGAAGGCUGGGAAGAAGAAGGGGAGCUGAACUGGGAAGAUAAUAACUGGUGACAAUAGAUGUGAGUUAAACUUUAGGAAAAAGGAUUCCCUUUUUUUAAAAAAAAUCAAUACCUCAAAAGCAGGCUUUGGGACAAGAAAACCCCAAAGUGGCCUGCUUUUCCCAUCCCAGGAGCUCAUUAUCCGGUCUGUGCCAACUGAAAUAUGAGACUGACUGCGAGUGCUGGCUAAAAGCCCUGGGUGGUGAGGCUCAUAGUACUGGUUUCCAGGAGGAAGAAGAGCCUUUGUGCAUUUGACUGAGGCCAGUUUCUAUGAAGAGCAAGUAGCUGAGGACAGGUCGAACUUACUGCUUUUUCCAGGACAAUUCUGGAAGUAAAAUGUAAGAAUUCAAGCUGGUUAGCUUAAUUUUGUGCCAUUCUUUAACAUAAGAGUAAGCUCUAUUAUGAAAUACAACUUAAAAAAAUUCUAGCUAUAAAUUAUAUAAAUGAUUUUAAAUUGCUGAGGUUUCCUUAGGCAGCUUAUUUAUUUGUUUACAGUUAUACUGUCUGAGUAAAUGGUUCUUUGUGGACCUGGGCAGUUCCUGACUGUUCCACAUGUAGUACAUUGUACCAAAGUUCUUAAUAAGAAUAUUCCCCACAAUCCUGUUCUCUAAAUGUCAAAUAAAGAUUAUUUUCACUAGAUUCAGCUUUACAAAAUUUGUUUUAUAUCAUCUGUUAGAAAAUGUACAGACAUAAGUAAGUAUUUUCAGUUGACAAAGCAUCAAACCCAGUUCUGCCUAGGGAUAAGUUUCACCCUAGAGUAUGUAUAUAACGUUUUAGCUUAUCCAUCCUUUCUUGGAGCGCCUCCAUUUCCAUUAAAAGCCAGGCUGGAGCAGGACCCUUUUGGAGUAGUGACUCAGUUGCUUCCAAGGCCCCUACUAUUGUAUGCAGCGCUGAACUGUACUCUUCUUCCCAAGGGAACUCUUGACGAGCUCUUUUUGCAUAAGGCUGGAAUAAAAACGUAAGUAAUAUCAUAAUAUCCAUUCUAAAUAUAAAGAACCUUCCUUUUGGACUGGAGUAAAGCUUACAUGCAAAUUUUAUUCUAGUAAUUGGAUCACAAGGGUAGGAGGAUGCACCCCAAAACCCCUACACAGUCAUCUAGAAAAAGAUGUAAAGGCACUUUGGUUUAUCAUAGCAAUUCAGAGUGCUACUACCAGUGUCUUAGUUUGUAUGUGGUAUACAAUAAGUAUCCUGUCCCAAAGGGCUCCCAAUGAGAAGUGCUGCAUAGUCCAAGCUUACAUGUCUUAUAAAUAAGUUCGUAAAUGUAUUUUCUUUUUAUGAGAGUUUGACUAAAACUUCUUAUCAGAAUGUUGUUCUUCAUAAAUUACUACUAUACUAUACUAAUUACUAUACUAAUAGUGCUCAAAACAAUAUUUUGAAUAUCCUUACUGAUGUCAAAUUCUGCCUUUUAAUGGGUAGAUGUGAUCUUUAGAUACUGCCUAGAAUUAUUAGGAGACUCAUUUGAUUAAUAAGGCAAGGAAUCAAACUAAACAUAUAGGAGUAAGUUUCUUUCAUUUUCUUCUGUGGUUCAGUAAAAACUGCAUUUAUAGCAUCACUGGUACAAUAUGUAACUUACUUCCCUUAAAGGUUACUACCAAUAAUUCAAACAUACUGAAAAUAUAUUUGAUAUGGUGUAGUCCCACUUCUGAAUUUUAAAAGCAACUACCAUAAAACAGAAUUUUACAUGUCUAGAUCUUAUUUGAUUUGAAAUUCAACAUGAGGCUGGAAACCACACUGGUUUGUUUCAUCGGUAAGUAAAAAGGGCAAUUUGCCUUGUUAAAAUUUGGCCCCUAUUUGAAAUCAGCCCAUACCUGUAAAGAUGACCUCUUUGCUUCUUCUACAGUCACAUUAGCAAAGGGUUCCCAGAAAAUACCUUUUUCCUGUUUCACACGUUCCACUUUGGCAGCUUCAGUUUCAUCUACAAACUCAGUCUGCCAGGGACCAUGAAAAACCAAGCAAACAGCAACAUGUUAGCACUCUACUAGAUAUGAAAUGGCCACGUAAUUUGUGUAAGUGCUGAGUGUUCAACCAUACUAGGCAAAUUCUGGAAGUCACAUGGACUGAUCUAUAAAUACUCAGUAUAAUCUGGAUUAAAUCACUCUACUGUGUUCUUCCUUACAAAAAAGUUAUAGAGUCGUCUUUGCAGGAAAAAAAUGAUAGUCUGCUAACCUUUACUGUAUAAGCUAAGAAACUGGCAACAGCAGUGUAUACACAUGUACUUAAAAUCCAGCUUAGAUGUAAUAUAAGUAGGCCAAGUGUGGUGGCUCAUGCUUGUAAUCCCAGGACUUUGGUGGGGGGAAUGCUUGAGCCCAGGAGUUUAAGGUUACAGCGAGCUAUGAUCACACCACCACACUCCAAUCUGGGGGACACAGCGAGACUCUGUCUAAAAAAUAAAGUUCAGUGAGUCAAGUGGGCCCAUUCCACCUAAAAAAAAUAUAUAUGUAAUAUAUGUAAAAUAUAUAACAUGUGCAUCAUUACAUGUAAUAUAUAAAAUAAUUCAGUUUCUCCUGGUAGUUUAAAUUUGUAGUUUAACAGUUCCACUAGUAUUUCAAUUAACUAUUAUUUCCUCACGCUAAGUUCCAAAGUAUGCAUAGACAUAGGAACACUGUGAUUCAAAAUUUUGGUUUUAAUUGUAAAAACAGGUCUUGGCUACAAAGAGAAUAAAAAAGCCAUCCCAAAAGAAAAAAAAAAAAAAAGGACCCUGAGCUUACCCUGGCUUGGGAGGCUGCCAAAAAAAAAAAAAAAAA